CGCGCGAUCACUCCCGCGGCGAACGGCGCGCGCCUGCGGCUCCAACGAUAUACAAAGUUUAAAUUCCGAACGUUGUAAAAGUUUUUGUUGUUUUGUUAUCUGUUCACGACUAUCAAUAUGGGAACUUGUGGAACGUUAUGGCGGAGAUUUCUGCUCGUAAUGGCCGUGUUAGCAAUGCAGACAUACGCACAGAAAAGCAAAACAGAAGAAAGCACACAAGCAGUCCCGAGCGACCUUAGAAGAGUCGUCAGCGAGGCAUUAGCAUUAGAAAGAAGAUAUCUCCAGGGCGCGCGGGAUAUACAAAACUGUACAGCGGAGCUGGAUGAAGCUAGCACAACGCCUUGCCCGCCAAGCAAGUACCGGAGCGCCAGUGGGGAAUGCAACAACGUGAGGCACAGGCCCUGGGGAAGGCGGGGAGAUGUCUUCCUGAGGAUGAUGCCUGUCAAUUAUGCUGAUGGUAUAACGCAGCCGAUGGGUCCUCCGCGGGUGCCAGAACCAGCGUUGGCGAUCACCGCAGCUUCGCAGCUGACGCAGCCGGCAGACCACGACUACGUCACCAGCAUGCUGGCGACCUGGGGGCAGCUUCUCGUUGACGACCUCACCGCCACUGCCAAUAUGAAUAAGGAUUGCCAAGAAGCCCACUGCGAGUACGUUCGGUCUGCGCCAGCCAGAAAUAUUGAUUCGUGUGGUUUUGAGCAUCGUGAGCAACUGAACUUGGCGACUGCGUUCCUCGACGGCUCUGCCCUGUACGGAAGCUCAGAGAAAGAGCUUCGGUCUCUUCGACUUUACGACGCCGGCAAACUUGACGUUACAUCUUGUCACAAGUGCCAUGACAACAAACCCACAGCGCCUCUCUACAAGGCGCUAGUCUCCGAACACAACCGCAUCGCCGGCGAGCUCUACGCUCUUAAUCCGUUCUGGGAUGACGUCACUCUCUUCCUGGAAACAAGGAGGGCUAUGGCAGCCAUUAUUCAGCACAUCACCUACAAUGAGUUCUUACCUGUGCUUUUGGGAGAGGUCGGCAUGGCAAAAGCAGAAUUGAAAUUGCAAUCCCUUGGUUUCUGGAGAGGUUAUUCCAGCGCAAACCGUGCCGGUGCCUACAGCGAGUUGGUGGCUGUGGCCCCAAUCUUCAAGGCCAUGAUCAAUGAAAAACUGAUCAACACGACAGUUACCCUGGAACACCUAGUUCGCACUGUAGCCCACAAAGUGUCCAACUUUCCAGCCUCUGCCCAGUUCGAUCUCAACCGCGCCAGAGACCACGGAGUAGCGUCGUACUUAAGAGCAUUGCGUAUGUGCGAACCAACCACCCCCAUCAAAACCUUCAGAGACUUUGAGAAGAUGGGCUUCGAGAGGUCUCAAGUCGAAAUGCUGGCUGAUAUGUAUAAGAAUGCAGAAGAUGUAGAGCUAAUGAUUGCUGGAGCUUUAGAGAAGGCAGCCAACGGCGCGGUGGUCGGGUCUACCAUCGCAUGCGUUCUUGCGAUGCAAUUCGCUAAUCUUAAAAAAAGCGACAGAUUCUGGUAUGAAAACGACAUCCCACCAUCAUCGUUUGUGCCGGAACAACUCGGAGCUAUCAGAAAAGUUACACUUUCAGGCCUUUUGUGCGCUGCAGAUGACUCUUUGCAGAAUAUCCAGCCCAAAGUGUUCGUCAAAGAGGAUCCUUACUUGAACGCAGCUCAACAUUGUUCUCAGCAUAGCCGCCUGGAACUAAACGCAUGGAGAGAUGAGAGCGGUGCCAAAGCGGCUGAAAGGCUAUCACAAGACAUGCUCUCCACAGCUCUGGAGAAAGCCAAGCAGGAGAUGGCUGAGAGGAAACGAUUGGAGUACAUGCUGUGGGAGUCACGUGGUGGAGCUGAUCCAAAAUCGCCAGUAGGAACAGCAGCUUCCUUCUCUAAGGCCAACAAGUACGCGCUAAAACUGGCCAACACCUCGUUGUUCCUCGAAUUCGCAACGAAUGAACUGCUUAACAACAUCCACGGCGGAAACCGCCGUAAACGCCAAAUAUUCGAUGACAGUCUCGGCUUUAGUACGUCCAACGAAUUUGUAGAUUCCCUCCAGAACGUUGAUGUGAGCAGCUUCAUCGGACAGGACCUUGGGCCGAGCAUCGAACCCCAAUGCGACGAUAAUGGGUCCUGCGAUCCUGAUAACCCCUUCAGGACUUACACGGGAUACUGCAAUAACCUUAGGAACCCGAACUUGGGAAAGAGUUUGACCACGUUCGCUAGGUUGCUGCCACCGGUUUAUGAAGAUGGAGUGAGCCGUCCCCGCAUCAACUCUGUGACGGGAACCCCUCUUCCGUCCCCGCGUGUCAUCUCCACAGUGAUCCAUCCUGACAUCUCCAAUCUUCAUACUCGGUACACGCUCAUGACCAUGCAGUUUGCGCAAUUCUUGGACCACGAGCUCACUAUGACUCCGAUACAUAAAGGUUUCCACGAGUCGAUCCCCGACUGUCGCUCCUGUGAUUCACCGCGCACUGUCCACCCUGAGUGCAAUCCCUUCCCUGUUCCAAGAGGAGACCAUUACUACCCUGAAGUUAACAUUACUUCGGGAGAGAGACUAUGCUUCCCCUUCAUGAGAAGUCUACCUGGACAGCAGAGUUUGGGUCCCAGAGAACAAGUAAACCAGAACACCCCAUACAUCGACGCAUCAGUUAUAUACGGUGAAAACCCUUGCAUCGUGAGGAAGUUGAGGGGUUUCAACGGCAGAUUGAACGCAACGGUAAACCCGCACGGAGGCCGGGAGUUACUGCCGAGGUCUGACUCUCACCCUGAGUGUAAAGCAGCCAGUGGAUUCUGUUUCAUUGCCGGUGACGGCCGCGCUUCAGAACAGCCCGGUCUCACAGCCAUCCACACCAUCUUCCUAAGAGAACACAACCGCCUGGUGGAAGGUCUGAGAGGAGUGAACCCCCACUGGGACGCCGAGCUGUUGUUCGAGCACACGCGGCGCAUCAUCGCCGCUGAGUUCAUGCACAUCAUAUACAACGAGUUCUUGCCGAGGCUGCUCUCUUGGAACGCUGUCAACCUGUAUGGACUCAAAUUGUUGCCUUCAGGUUACUACAAGGAAUACUCGCCAACCUGUAACCCAGCUGUAGUGACUGAGUUUGCAUCAGCCGCGUAUAGAAUCGGCCACUCCCUAUUGAGGCCCCACUUGCCCCGACUGUCGCCUACCUUCCAACCUGUGGAGCCUCCAAUCCUGCUCAGAGACGGCUUCUUUAAAACUGACCUGUUUAUGGAACAUCCUGGAUUAACAGACGAACUUAUUCGAGGUCUCGCUUCCACCCCCAUGGAGACCCUUGACCAGUUCAUCACCGGAGAAGUCACUAACCAUUUGUUCGAAGAUCGUCGCAUUCCAUUUUCUGGCGUCGACCUGAUUGCCUUGAACAUCCAAAGAGCUAGAGAUCAUGGAAUCCCCAGCUAUAAUAACUACAGAGCGCUGUGUAAUUUGAAGAGAGCCGCUACUUUUGAUGAUCUAUCGAGGGAAAUACCCGAUGAAGUUAUUGCUAGACUAAAAAGGAUAUACCCGACUGUGGACGACAUCGAUCUAUUCCCUGGAGGUAUGAGCGAAAGGCCGCUACAGGGUGGAUUAGUAGGACCUACCUUCGCUUGCAUCAUCGCGAUACAGUUCAGGCAGCUCAGGAAAUGUGACAGAUAUUGGUACGAGAAUGACAACCCCGCAGCGAAGUUCACUGAACGCCAAUUAGCAGAGAUCAGAAAGACCACUCUCAGUAAAAUCAUGUGCGACAACUUCGACAUUGAAGGAGACAUCCAACGCGCGGCCUUUGAUCUACCCAGCAACUUCUUAAAUCCCCGCGUCCCGUGCUCAUCUUUGCCGAAACUGGAUCUGUCUGCUUGGCGCGAGAGUUCAGCUCAAGGCUGCCUCAUUGCGGGCCGCUCUGUCGCCGUCGGAGAGUCCGCCUUCCCCUCGCCUUGCACAUCAUGCAUCUGUACUGCUGAAGGAGCCCAAUGCGCAUCCCUGCGCAUCACGGACUGCGCGCAGCUGCUGCGCGAGUGGCCGCGCGACGCCGUGCUGCGCGACGACGUGUGUGCGGCGCAGUGCGGGGCCGCCGCCGCCGCGCCGCUCCACGCGCGGGCGCCCAGAAGACCCAACAUUAACUUCAAGUUCCCCGACCUUUCGCCGUUUGUAGCCAAGUGAGCUGGUGACGUGGCUGAAUAGAGACGAUGUGGCUUUAUAUAGCCGGUAAUCCACCGCUACACGACAGCGCGCCGUGUAUAACAACAAUUUUCAAGUUCCCCGAUCUGCAAUCGAAUGAGUGGUGUUUGUGAUUUUAUACAGCAGAUAAUAUUGUGUUCCGUGUAGUGUAGGUCACCACCGUACCUCUCCGAGAGAACCAAAACGCCAUGCUGCGCGACACCACGUAAGCGAGUUAUGGAGCUGAAGGAAGCAAUUUCACUUACCUGAAGUCUCAUAUAACUGUAAGUUUAAGUAAAUCGACUUUGAAUCAAAGUGUUUAAUCAAGCCAUAAUGCUCUGGACACGAACCAGCCGUCACGGCGCGAUGCGAUCAAAUCACUGUAAAAUAAUUAGGAAUGUAUGAAGCAAAGCAACUGUCAUUAACGUUCACAAACGUUGGACAAACAUAUAGGUACCUUUGUUUUAUUUAACACCAGAUAUAGGUAGAACGAAGUAACGACAGGCAUCAUCAGCGUUUAUGAAUAACUCCACUGAUAUAAAUAAAAACUUACAGCCAAUGCGCGAUAUUCUGAGACUCAAUUGACGUUUUAGUGGUCGUGUCUUACGUCGUCGCUAAUUUCAGGCAGGUGUUCAAAUGUGAUAAAGGCGUAUAUUUGAAGGCUAGUCGUGGAAUGCCUUAUUUCACAAAUUGUAAAUACUUUUUACUUAAUAUUUCUAUUCUUUUAUAGUUUACUGAUUUCUGAAUAGCCGAAAUCUCUUUAUCCCACUUUUUUAAGAUAAAAUAUCAUCAUUUCAGCUUUUCAGAAAUUGCUAACUUUUUAGUUUUAAGUUUAUUUAUUAGAAUAGGUUUUUUUAGUGAUUUUUUACCCAGCUAAUGAUUUUAUUAGACCUGCCCCUAUAGGUUACCAAAAAUAUAACUUAUUCGUACUUGGCAUCACAUGUACUACACUACGUCACAAAUGCCACUUCACUACCUACAUAUACCUAUACAGUGUUAACUUUUUAAAUGCUAAGUUAAUGUUUCACUUUUUGGUACCAAAAGUAUUAUUUGAUACCAAUUAUUGGUAAGUAUUAUCACAAGAAACAUGGUGAAAUAAUUAUGUAAAAAUAUUUCACCAUUGAUCAGUUGAUAGCAAAUUGUAAGAUCAAAAAUUGUAUCGCAUUAUAUUUUUGUUGGAAGUUUAGGAUUUUGUCAAUUGUUUGUCCCAGUGAUGUUUAAAUGAUAUGUGAAAUUUGUUUUUGUAAAAUAUCACAUAAAAUCUAUUCAUACGAAACAUGUUAGGCAUAUUCAAGUAAGUACCUAUCUCAAACUUUCAAGUUACCUAAAUCCGGAUAAUAUUCAUCAAAUUUUAUUGUUUUAUUUAAACCCUGUAAAAAUAUUAAUGGCCAUCUUUAGCUUUAAUUGAUAACAUAAGGGACCGUCCAAUAAGUAGCAAUGUAAGAUUUACCAUUUCAUACCGCAUGUUACCAUUACAAGUACAAUGUAUGUGAAAUUUAUUACUUACACAAUUCACUGCCUAGUAUGCCUGGGAAUCUCGAAUGUGUAAAUUAUUUUGUACAAUAUUGUGUUAGACUUAGCGUUAGUUUUAAUACAAACUCACCUAGUGACAAUUUUAUAAACUGAUCUGUAAGA